CCGAGGAAGGAGGAUAAGGCAAAGUAAUUAAAAUGCAAAAAGGAGACGUAGGAGAGACAUCCCUAAAUCUUACAGCAUUGGAAAGCAUAGAUGAUCUGCAUGAAAGACAUGAUUUAAAGAAGAUAUUCACCUUGAUAGAAGAAGGGGACCAUACAGGGGUGGAGAAGGUUCUGGCAGAAAUGGGUCACAAAGUUGAAAUCACACCAAAGAUAGGUUGCUCUCCUAUACACUAUUCUAAGUUGAAUUUUGUCAACUGGGAGGAUGAAAAUGAAGAUAGUCCACUGAUCAAGGCAGCUAAGGUCGAUUGCAAGAUGGUCCGAAUUAUAAUCAUGUACGGAGGUAAUCCUAACCAUGCCAAUAAGGAUGGAGACACACCAUUAAGCAUAGCAGCAUAUCGAAGAGACAGAGAUACCAUUGAUGCACUCUUCUUGGCUGGUGGAGAUCUCAUGCCUGCUGUUCAAAUUUUGACUUCCCCGUUGAGGUGCGAGUCAGAAAAGCAUCUGAAAGAGUAUUCCCGUAAUGGCCAAUUCAGUAUAAGGCCAUUGAAAUUUCUAUUGGCAGGAGAUGUCUAUCUUAAGUGUAAAGAUCCCAUCAAAACAGCUUUCGACGUCUGUAAGGACAUCACAAGCAUAAAGAAUGAAAGGAUGGAAUUCGAAAUUGAAUUUGAGUCAAUCAUUGAAGAUGCAGACUCUUUUGCGUACAAGUUUCUGAGCCAUUGUGAUAACAUGCUUGAAGCUAGGGAGAUAUUGACAUCGUCCGAUAAACUGCUUUCAACUGCAAUAGGACAAAGUAAGAAAAAGUUUGUCUCUCACCCAUUCAACUUGCAGAUCAUUAAUGAACAGUGGUACGGUAAAUUUCAUAGCACAUUUUUCCGUGGUAAGGCUGUUCUGAUACUCAAGUACGUGACAAGUCCAAUAGUGCUUCCAUUACUCUUUCUUAAGUUCUUCUUUUAUGAAGAGUGCUGCGGUGUUCCUUUCAUGAAGUCAUCUGUUUCUAAUCUAUUGAGGUUUAUAUCCGUUCCUUGUGUGUGCUUCGCAACAGAUCUAAUAAAUUACAUAAUUUUUGCGGUUGUCAUGAUUGCUGCCUGCCUAACCCCGUUCAAUGGGGAAGAUUUAGCAGGAGGACUAGGAGGUGAAUCAUACAAGGUGACCUAUGUCGAAUACAUACUUUACUUCACAGUAUUUGCUAGGAUUCUCAUGGAAGCUGACCAACUUAUUCAAAAAGGCUUCAUGAAACAUUACAACAAUUUCUGGAACAUGGUAGACGCAACCGUCCUGGGACUCAUAGUGACAGCUGCUAUUUACAAGGGCUACAUAAAUGUUGUAAACACCAGUGACAACGAUACGUUUUCGUGCGAAAAUGUCAAACAGAAACUUCGACAUGAAGAUUCUAUGAACGUGAACUAUAUCUAUGCUGUUGCAGAAUUCGUCUUGGUACUUCGGCUUCUCGGUCUUCUAGAAAUUCACCAGUCACUAGGCACUAUGUUGAUAGCAUUGAAGCAUCUGAUUGCCGAUGCCGCGAGGUUUGGUUUGAUACUCGUUAUUGUGAUGUUGGGAACAACUGUAGCUAUUUACUCGAUGACUAUUGCUCUGAAUGAAUGGAAUAAGGAGUUGUCUACGUUGUCUUUAACGUGCGACAAAGUAGAAGUCCCAGAUGCUUUUGUCGACUUCCUUGAAACCUUUAGAAACGUCUUUUGGGCAACUUUCGGACUUUUUGAUGUUGUGGAAUUGAAGAUAACAGGGGAUCAACCGACUACAUACUUGAUAACUUUAAUUAUGAUUCUGUACGUUCUUCUUUCAUGCAUACUCUUGCUGAACAUGCUAAUUGCCAUUCUGGGCAACACGUUCAGCAGGGUGAUUGAUAACUGUGAUAUCGAGUGGAAAUAUGCACAAAGUAAACUGCUCAAGGAGUACAGCAGAGCACAACCUUUGCUAUUUCCAUUUGUUCCCAUCGCCUUCCCUUUCAUGAUCUGGUUUCGAGCAAAGUUGAAGCAAGAACACACAAUGAAAGAUACCAGAAACCAAGCAAAACAUGACAAGUUGAUUGCUGCUGUAUGUGACAGAAUUAUGUUCGGAGACCUAAUGAGUGGAUCUAAAACUGAUGGGGAUACGAUAAAUAAAGCUCUGGACAAAAGAGUGUCGUUGAAGAGGCAAGAAUCGGUGUUGGCGGUGAUAGCAGAAAAAGUAAAAGAAAGGGGGAAUGUCUAAAUAAAAGAUCCAUGACGCGAGGAGUAGAUUUCUAUGACUUGAUUAUAAUAUCCAGAAAACGAGACUUUGACGUGAGUAGGAUUGAAGCCUGGAUCUGUUGGCCAAUUGGACAUUUUAAAGUAUAUUUUUAGAUGAAUAAUACAGUGGUGCAGUUUCCAAAAGUCAGUAGACACGUUGUCUUAUAACAGUCUUAUAAAAUAGCCAUGUUUCAUAUUGGUUCUACCUGUAACUUUGCAGAUGAUAUGCUGUAACUAAGUUCAUACCAGGAUCCCGUUGCCAAAAUUCAAAUAUUUGAUUUUUAGAGGUCGCACCUAUAUCUCGUUAACAAAAUUGAUUGGGUUAUCAAUUAUCUUGUAACAGCAUGCACAGACACCGUAAUCGGUCAUUCUGCAUGAUUCCCAUAGCACAGAUCUAGUGCCAACCCAAUCACCUGACACCUGAUCGCAAGUAAUGAAUAGACUAUUUUUGCUUGAUAUAUUGGUCAUCUGAAUAGCUAGCUGCUAGAGCUCCCAUUUUUCAAGACAAGUGUAUUUUAAAGGCCUGAACACAAUCCAUUACAAUCCAAUCAUUCAAAAAUAUCUAAAAAACCUCAAACAUGUUCAUUCUGAAAAAAUGAACAUUCUUAAUCUUAUAUUAUAUUAUUUGAUAUAUGAUAGCAAGCCAUGCCAUGAUAGAAAGAAUUAUUAGACUUUUGGCCCCCUAUACUUGUAGUAAAACAAAGAUUUUAGUAAAACAAAAUCAUAAGAGUUGUGCAUGAUUACAUUCAAUAGUAGAAUGAUUGAAGCUCAUUGGUGAAUGAAAGAAGUUUCUAAAUGGUGUUUUUACCUUGAAAUAAAAGUUCAGUUAAUUUACAUAUUUCUUAUUUUCAAGAAAUUGUAAACAGCAUGAUACAUUAGUAUAGUGUAGAGUAGAUACAUUAUAAUAUAAUGUAGUGUGUAGUGUAUAAUGUGUAUUGUGUAAUGUGUAAUGUAGUGUAUUAUCCGUUAAAGCUUGUUCAUAA